CAAGAAUGCCUUUGCCCCGCGCUACAACAGACAUAUUUUCAACAAAGAAGGCGAAGAAUCUGGUAGGACUCGCUUUGCAUGAGGUCGAACCGCCCGCACUUCGAGAAGUAUUCCACGAAAAUGACGCAGGCUCACCAGGUGGCAUGCAUACAGUCUCCAGAUUGAGACGUGCGUUGAGUCACGUGAGUCACGAACUAUGAUCACGGUAAUGGGUGGCCUUAAACUCUACCGCACUUCUGAUUCUCUUCGUGACUAGGACGAAGCGCACUUUCACUUUCACAGCCGACAUCUAACAUGGACUCCACACCUCCUUUGUCUGCAGCGUCACGCGUGACAAGCACUGUCGAACUGCUCGAACUUAUUCUGGCGAAUCUCACAACCACAAAUCUCGCUCGGUUCCUCCGGAUCUGCAAGACAUGGCAUAAUGUGAUAAUCUCUUCUUCGGUUCUCCACGAACGUCGCUUUUUAGCCGCCUCAGCUCCAAGGGAAUGGCUCGCUAUGAGCCAGACACGACACGACGAUGCGGAAUUGAACAUCGUCAGCUCCGAUUUUGCGACGGCGUUCCAGCUUUCACGACCUCCAGUAUUUCCAUAUCCAUGGCGAGAUCCAAAUGGUGAUAUUCCGAGGCUAUAUGCGCUAGGAAAUAUCCAUCCGUCCCUCGACCACUUUCUUACGCUCAAAUAUCCUGGGAUUCCAACCUGGAAUGCCACGACUGCUCAACUUCAGUCCCUUGCGUCUGUAUCAUCACUGCAAAGGGUCUUCAUUACGAACCCGCCGAGCAAGCGACUCGUUAUCAAGCGUCCGAGGAGUACGUGGUCGAUGACCUAUAAUCGCGCCGCGGGCUUCACGAUCGGUGUCGUAGUUCACCUGGCACAAAAAGCCGUUGUUCAAAAUGGUGAAGUCGUGGUUCAUGUUAUCGGAACUGUUGAGGAGCAGUGGAGCGAGGUGAAGGCGGCGAGGAAGAGGCUGCGGAAGGGAAAGAAAGGGUGAGAGGAAGGAAGGGGUUGAUUGAAUAUAGAAUCCGAAAAUGAGGGAAAUGCUUGUUGAGAAGGGUUUGGCUAAACGUGGCGCAGAUCUCAAGCUGGGUAUCUUGCUACCAGGCAGCGAGAGUGCGACUCAUGCUAAUUCGAAGUGAAAACAUUACCGAUCGUGAAUGCGCACUAGAAGAGUGUUGGACAUUAGUGGAGAAAGACUGGCGACCAUGCAUAGAAGGUAUCAACAGCAGCCCGGGGACGCACAGCAACAGCUUCGUAGAAUAUCAAAGAUGACUGUCUGCUCUCACAGUUAUUACUCGGUCCUUUCUGGUGCUUUUGCCAUACAGCUAUAUAUAACGAAUCCGCACAAGAUCCUCGACGGGGACAAUGAUCAAAAUUUGCCAUCCUUAGA